GCUCAAAAAUAGAUGGCAAUCCAUUCGAUUUGGAUUAAAAUACGUUUCACCUAAAAACGCAUCACAUCCGACAUAUGCGACAUAUUUUCAACAAGAAAGUUUAAUUAUAACGGAUAGUGGUCUUAGUUUGGAUAUUUAUGCAGUUGGAAAUAUCACCGACGAUAUAUAUUUAGACGCAAUUCAUACGUUCGUUAUGAAAACACAUGAAUAUUCGCUUUGGACAUUUCCGCUGAUUUGGAGCAACUUCAAAACAGGAACCGAUUACUAUGAUCUUUUAUCCAGACUUGGGAUACAAAUUUUUCUGGGUCAAAAAAGCUCUUCUUCAUUCUAUUGCAACUUACAAGUAUUUGCUCAGUCAGGUUUAGAAAUUGUUCGAGCGAGUGAAUCGGAUGAAGACAUCCUAUCUACAUUUAGUACUAUCAGUGGUAUAUGGACUUUCUUCAUGACAAUUUAUGUCUUUUUAUUUAGCAUUAAUUCAAAAUUUUCGCUGGGUGUUCCACAUGCAAUGUGGAAUUCAUUUUUUGGUAAAAAAAAGAAGUUGAGUUGGAAGUUGAGAAGAUGA